UUGGGUUUGUCGUUUUGGGACAGGUUUUAUUGCUGAAGGUUCCCAGUGGAGAUCAAACAUUGAGAAAAGAUUAUCUGACAAUACUUACAUUUCCCUGAACACUGUCCAUAACGUUCUUUCACGAUGUGUGUCCCCAAAGGCCUCCUUUCUACACAUUGUAUAAAACCAUCUCACUGGAACCAGCACAGACGCAGUAGUUCUGCUGGUGAUAAACUGAACGAGUAGCAAUCGGUCAAGUCUUGUUUUUCAUUUUUUAACUAAUAGUUGACUGUUCAAAUCUGACUGCUGAUUGGUUGCUAGUAUGUGCAGGUUUGAAACAAUUAUAGACAAAGCUGAUUCCCAAAUGCAGGUGGUCUACACCAUGAGUUGGUUUCUCCUCUCUACAGCAUGGGUUCUCUGUGCAUUAGCUAUAGAAACAUGUUGUGCUGCCUCCAAUAUCAGUUGCAGCCUACCAAGAGAAAGCAUUGCUGGAAAUCUUAGUAACCCCGGAGAUAUUGUUAUAGGAGGGACUUUUCCUGUUCACUUGGACAGAGUUUACAAUGACUUGAGCUUCACUAACAAACCGGCGGAACUGCAAUGUCAGAGGUUUUCCAUUGAACGUUACCAAUUGAUGCAUGCGCUAAUAUUCGCUGUGGAAGAGAUUAAUGGAGAUCCUGAACUCCUUCCCAACAUUACUUUGGGCUUCCAGAUAUUUGAUACCUGCACUACCUUGCGACGAGCAGCACAAGGGACUCUUUCCAUGUUAUCAGGAGGAACAGAAAUAACCCCAAAUUAUCACUGUUCUAAAGGGACAACUCUUGCUGGUGUUGUUGGUGACUCAGGGUCCACCCGUUCCAUUCUUAUGGCUCAAAUCUUGGGACUAUACAGAUAUCCCCUGGUUAGUUAUUUAUCAAGCAUUGCAGCUCUCAGCAAUCGUGAUCUGUUUCCUUCAUUUUUCCGUACCAUACCCAGUGAUGACUUUCAGAUGAGGGGUCUGGCCCAUCUGGUCUUACAUUACGGUUGGACUUGGAUUGGUCUCCUGGUUAGUGAUAAUGACUAUGGACAAUUUGGGCUUCAGAUGGUAAAACAGGAGAUCAUUAAUGGUGGAGCAUGUGUGGCCUUUGCUGAAAAUAUCAUGACUGGUCAACCUAACAGAAAUGCUCCUCAUCUUGUGCAAGUUAUAAGGGAUUCUACGGCAAAGGUUGUGGUUGUAAUAUCCUCCCAUUCUGACUUUGUUAUAGUUGUAGAAGAACUACAGAGACAGAAUGUGACUGGGAAUAUCUGGAUUGCAAGUGAAGCUUGGGCAACUUCAAUUUCACUCCGUGAUAAGAGAUUCCAAAUGAUUUUGGUGGGCACCAUAGGCUUUGCCAUUCAUGGUGGGAAAAUGUCAGAGUUUACUAAGUACUUUAGUAGCCUUCACAUCUCAAAACAUUUUGACAUCCUCAUAAAGGAAUUUUGGGAGGAAGCCUUCUCUUGUAAGUGGCCUAAUACUAAAUUGGCAGACAAUGCCACAACAAAUGGAUGUACAGGAAAUGAAAAACUAGAGAAUCUGUACAGUGAAGAAACUUAUAGAAUACCUCUCAAUGUCUACACUGCCAUUUAUGCAGUAGCAUGGGCUCUACAUGGUUUUCUUUGUACACCCAGAAUUGGACCAUUAAAAUAUGCAAAAUGUCCCAAUGUCUCUUCAUUUCGGCCUUGGCAUAUUUUCCAUUAUAUUAAAUAUGUCAACUUCAUGACAAAGGAUGGGAUCCAAGUUUCCUUUGAUGCAAAUGGAAACCCUCCAGCUGUCUAUGACAUUGUGAACUGGCAUGUGAGUGGCAAGGGUACAUUGGAGCAGGUUACAGUUGGGAGUUAUGAUCUUAAUGCUCCUGAUAGGAAAACCUUAACUGUGGAUGAAGAUAAACAUGUGUGGGCCAACAAUGGCACUGAGGUUCCUCUUUCCAAGUGCAGCCCAAGCUGUACCUCUGGGUUUAGGAAGGUGAUAGUACCAGGAAAACCAUCUUGCUGCUAUGAGUGUGCCCCAUGUCCACAGGGACAGAUUUCAAACCAAACAGAUGCUGUGGAAUGUCAUCCAUGUUCUUGGGACACUUGGCCCAAUCUACAGCAGGACAGAUGCUUACCAAGAACUGCAGAGUUUCUUUCCUAUGAAGAAUCUUUGGGUUACAAUUUAUCAGCCAUUUCAAUCUUCUCUUCUCUAAUCCCACUUUUUAUAUUGGGAGUUUUUAUUCAUCAUAAAAAAACACCCAUUGUUCGAGCCAACAACUAUUCCCUUAGUUGCCUUCUCCUGCUUUCCCUGUUCCUCUGUUUCCUUUGCUCUUUAGCUUUUAUUGGUUACCCACAACCUGAAAAGUGCCUUCUGCGUCAGGUGGCAUUUGGGAUGGUUUUUGCUCUCUGUAUCUCCUGUGUUCUGGCCAAAACCAUCACUGUUGUCAUUGCCUUUAAUGCAACCAAACCAGGCAGCAGGUUAAGAAAGUGGACAGGGGUAAGGGUGGCCUACUGUAUCGUUGGGAUUUGUUCUCUUAUUCAGUUAUGUGUGAGUAUUACACGACUGAUCUUCUCUCCUUCGUUUCCUAAAGUUGAUACUGACACCAAACCUGGAAUCAUUAUUGUUUACUGUACUGAAGGAUCGCCCACAGCUUUCUGGUGCAUGCUGGGAUAUCUUGGACUUUUGGCCACCAUCAGUUUCAUUGUUGCCUUCUUUGCCAGACGCCUCCCUGACAGAUUCAAUGAAGCCAAAUUUAUCACAUUCAGUAUGUUGGCUUUCCUCAGUGUCUGGGUGUCCUUUAUCCCAGCCUAUCUCAGUGCACGGGGAAUGUAUACUGUGGCAAUGGAGGUCUUUGCCAUUGUAUCUUCCAGUUGGGCUGUGGUGGGCUGUAUCUUUGUGCCAAAAUGUUUCAUUGUGUUGUUGAGACCCAACUUGAACACCAGAGAGCCACUUAAAAUUAAAGCCAAUGUUUUAAAAUAAGAGAUCCAAUUAGACAAAACACUGUUUUUAUAGAUUCAUAUUUAGAUAACACUUUUACUGUGCUGCCACAGCAGUAGUUCUGUCUGUAUUCCAUAUAUAAUUAUUCUUUAAGCGCUGUCAAGUUCUUCAUAUGCAAUGAUUUCUUAUGUAUGUGUAUUGAGCAUCUAGGGGACCCCCUGCUGGUCAUUUGUAGCACUAUGGCCUGGCAGCUGUAAAUUUCACAUUCUCCCUGUCACC